UAAGAUAACUUAAUGUUUAUUAGUUAAAGAGCUUGAAUGCUGUUCUCGCGUUGUGGUUAGACUUUCUGAAACAUACCAGCCGUGCCCAUACACAAACCUUUUCAGCAUUCACACACACUGUGGACAGCCUCUUUGAGGAUGGACAUUUUCAGAUGCAAACUAAAGACAAUACAAGGAAAUAGGAAACCCCCUGUGCACAGGCCAGGCUUCCAGACGUUUCCCAAAACCAAUGUCUAAAGUCAAGCCACAGAGCUUGUCUAAGUUCGCAACUCAGGCCUGGAACAAGACAUUUGGCCACCAGGGAACUGGAGAAGGUAAAUCCGACGUAAUGGCUGAAGCAAUACCACUGCGAGAAAAGAAGCAGAAAACUCUACCUCGGUCUGAUGGGUGUGGUCUGAAUAACUUUGACGCUCUGGAUUUGUCUGAAGGGUUGAGGAUAGUCCUGGUGGGCAAGACUGGAUCAGGCAAGAGUGCGUCAGGAAACACCAUCCUCGGUAGAGCGGCCUUCAAAGAGGACCCGAGCCCCGUGUCUGUGACCCAACACUGUGAGACACAGAGCGGUGAAGUGGACGGGACUGUGGUCCAGGUGAUUGACACUCCGGGUCUGUUUGAUACAGGCAUCACAGAGGAAGAAUUGAAAAUCAGAAUAGAGGAGUGUGUCAAGAUGUCGGUGCCCGGCCCUCACGCCUUCCUGCUGGUGAUCAGGCUCGGAGUGAGGUUCACCGAGGAGGAAAGAAACGCUGUGAAGUGGAUCCAGGACAACUUUGGAGACGAUGCCUCCAUGUACACUAUCAUGCUGUUUACAUGCAAAGACCAGGCCAAAGCUGACAAUGCUCUGAAGGAAUGCAAGGAGCUGCGGAGACUCUCUAUCACAUUCGGACGCAGGUACCACGCCUUCAACAACAACGACGCAGAGGACCGUGUGCAGGUCAAUGAGCUGAUCACCAUGAUCAAGGAAAUGAUACAGGAUAACGGCGGGAAACACUACACCAAUGAGAUGUACGAGAAAGCCCAGAGGAAGCUGAGAGAGGAGGAGGAGCGGAAGCAGCAAGAGGAGGAAGAGAAGAAAGAGGAGGAGAAGAAAAUAUGGGAUGCAGAGAGGGAGAAGAAAGAGAAAGAGAGAGCAAAGGAGAAAAAGGUGAAAAGGAAGAAUAUAUACGUGGUCUCGGCUGCUGCCGUUGUGUUGGUGGUGGCUGGGGUGGUCAUAGCGGUGGGAGCCGACACCACGGUGGCUUUGGCUCUAGGAGCUCCUGUGCUCGUCCUGGGAGUGUUAUGUGGUUUAGCUGCCUUUUGCAUAUGGAAGGGCAUAAGAUGCAAAGCCAAAGCAAGUGUUCCAGUGUAACUAGGCAGAGGUGACAAGGACAUGUUGAUCCAUCUGCAGUAUGUGACAUUGAAUAUACAGUACAAGUAUAGAGUGCUCCAGGAAUGAAGUAUUUUUUUGUAGGCCAACCAGGAAGUUAGCAUCGCCCUGGUUCCCUCGACAAAACGCCAAUGGGAUUGUUCCAUUGGGUUUUGGA